AUGCCGAGGCACGAUCUUCAAAUGGUUUUGCUUCUUGCUGAGUUAUGCGUUGCCCAGGAUCAACAUCGACAAGCAAUUAAAAUCCAAGAAUUGAAUUUAGCUAAUGAUGAUUUGGCUAUUAAACUUGUUUAUUAUCAAUUGAAACAAUUCGAUCAAGCUUUGGCCAAAUACGCAAUGGCAGAUACCGACACCGACGAGGAUACUGAUGAAGAUUUGAAUGAAAAGCACAAUUCGAUAUACGAACACUGA